AUGAGUGUUGAUAAAUACGUGUUAAUACUAAUGAAUUCUAAAUAAACAUAUAUUCACAGAUUCGAUAAAAUAAACACACCUGAUGUAAUUAUUGUAAUAUAAAAGUUUAGGCAGCAAGAAGAUUAAGAUGAAAUAACUUUAUCACAAUCACUUAAAAUCACAAGAAGAUUUGCAAAAUAUUUGUUAAAAUAGGCGGGACAUUAUGAUAGAGUUAGAAAGGCAUAAAAGGAAUAUUAAAAUCUCUCCAAGCGAAUAGGAGAUUUAACAAAGAUAUUUUCAAAAUACGAGAUUGAUGGACUGAUUUAAUAUAAGGAUGAAUAGAAUGACUCAUUCACGAAAUUUAUGAAGGAUGCAGGACUAUACGAUCAUUAAAUUCUCUAAUUGUAUAUUACUUAUAAAUUUGGUGCUUAAAAAGGAGCAGCAUUUACAUUAGAUGAAUUCCUUUUGGGAAUGAUUCGUUUAAAGUGUUAUACUAUAAAGGACUUGAAGAAUCUUUGUCCUGAUUUAUUAAAGAAAAUAUAAAAAGAAAAUAAAUACAAGAAAUUGUAUAGCUAUUACUUUAAAGUAAUAUCUUAAGGAAAGAAUGUGAUAAGAUUUUCUGAGGCAAUCACCCUUUGGGAUUCGUUAUUGAAAGGUCAAUUCAAAGAAAUCAUUGAUUUUAUUUCAUUUUGCAAAGCCAAACCAGCAGACUUUUAAAAUCAAACCAAGGUUAGUUUUGAUCUAUGGUGUUAAGUGUGGAAAUUCUUUGAAACGAUAGGAAAUGAUUAUUAAAAGUUCGAUGAGAACGAUGCCUGGCCCCUUCUUAUUUAUGAAUAUGUUCAAUUUAAAAUAAAAUGAAAUAUCGAUUUAAUAUAUAAAAUAUACAAUGUAAUCUA